CAUUGUAAGUAGUUAGUGGUGAUGUUAGUCUGUUAACCACUAAAUCUCCUGAUUGAAUACAUCUCUUUAUUUAAAACAAAAAUAUGGUCUGGGGGGGGGACAACAAUCUUUAGUCAAAAGCAAAUGGUGAAAACUAGUGUGACCAGCCCCCCCCCCUUCUAAAAAAUAUUUCUGUAGUCAGAAUGGCUGAGAAUGACGCUGAGAAUGAGCUGCUGGACUAUGAAGAGGACGAGGAGCCCCAGGGAGCCCCAGAGACCACUGCCCCAGCAGGCAAGAAGGAGGUGAAGGGCUCCUAUGUCUCCAUCCACAGCUCUGGUUUCAGAGACUUCCUGCUCAAACCAGAGCUGCUCCGUGCGAUUGUCGACUGUGGCUUUGAGCAUCCGUCUGAAGUUCAACAUGAGUGCAUCCCUCAGGCCAUCCUGGGCAUGGACAUCCUGUGCCAGGCUAAGUCUGGUAUGGGCAAGACUGCAGUGUUUGUUCUUGCCACACUACAGCAGAUCGAGCCUGUGGAUGGACAGGUGUCAGUUCUCGUAAUGUGCCACACACGAGAGCUGGCCUUCCAGAUCAGCAAAGAGUACGAGCGCUUCUCCAAGUACAUGCCCACAGUCAAGGCAGCCGUGUUCUUUGGGGGCCUGUCUAUCAAGAAGGAUGAGGAUGUGCUGAAGAAGAACUGCCCUCACAUUGUGGUGGGAACCCCUGGCCGAAUCCUGGCCCUCAUCCGCAACAAGACCCUCAACCUAAAGAACGUCAAGCACUUUGUCCUGGAUGAAUGUGACAAGAUGCUGGAACAGUUGGACAUGAGGCGUGACGUACAGGACAUCUUCAGGCUAACACCACAUGAGAAGCAGUGCAUGAUGUUCAGCGCCACCCUCAGCAAGGAGAUUCGACCGGUCUGCCGCAAGUUCAUGCAGGAUCCCAUGGAGGUGUUUGUAGAUGAUGAAACCAAGCUGACGCUGCACGGUCUGCAGCAGUACUACUGCAAGCUGAAGGACAGCGAGAAGAACCGCAAGCUCUUUGACCUGCUUGAUGUGCUGGAGUUCAACCAGGUGGUGAUCUUUGUGAAGUCAGUGCAGCGCUGUGUGGCGCUUUCUCAGCUACUGGUGGAACAGAACUUCCCUGCCAUUGCCAUCCACAGGGGCAUGGCUCAGGAGGAGAGGCUGUCCCGGUACCAGCAGUUCAAGGACUUCCAAAGGCGGAUCUUGGUGGCCACCAACCUGUUUGGCCGAGGGAUGGAUAUUGAGCGGGUCAAUAUUGUCUUCAAUUACGACAUGCCUGAGGACUCGGACACAUACUUACACAGGGUGGCCCGUGCUGGGCGGUUUGGAACCAAGGGUCUGGCUGUGACCUUUGUGUCAGACGAGACAGAUGCCAAGACUUUGAAUGACGUGCAGGACCGCUUUGAGGUCAAUGUGGCUGAGCUGCCAGAAGAGAUCGACAUUUCCACUUACAUUGAGCAGUCCAGAUGAGUCCUCCAUCCCUGAAGUGUCCCCUAACCCUGAAUCUCUGUCCUUGUUUGGAUGAAAAACCCUCCUCGCUGUUUUAUUUUAAAGCUCUGUUCCUUGACUGUUUACCAUAUGUUUUUUUUAUUUGAAUGUAUCAUUGGGGGUUGUCUGGUUUUAAACUUGUGUUGUGGUUUGGUCAAUGAAAUUAAAACUUUUUAUAAAAUUCCA